ACUUGUCCUAAACCUUAGAACUACCCCUCAAAACUAUACAAAGAAUCUCUAGCCACACACUUAAUUUCCUUUCCUACAAAACAUACCAAAACCAAAUUCCAUAACAAAAGUUUUCCAGCUUUCCAAAAAUAUUGCGAUAAUUUCCAAAAGUAUGGAAUCCAUCGGGUCUAGCUCUACGCCUUCCGACCACCACGACCACCGUCAUAGCCGCCAUCUAAUGCCAACACAACCAGUCGCCGACAGGAUCAUCCGUGCCGUGAGCCACCAUCUCCGCCUCCUCCACCACUCCGACACCACUUUCUUCAUCUUAGGCGCAACCGGAAAUGUAUAUACCGUUAACCUCUCCACCACCCCAUCAUGCAGCUGUCCUGAUCGAACCACCCCAUGCAAACACAUCCUCUUUGUCCUCAUCCGCGUAUUGGGUGUCUCAAUCGACGACACGUGUAUUCUCCGGCGAACUAUCCGGCCAUGCGAGCUCCAACGCCUUCUCAGCUUACCCAUCUCCACUGAAUCUCUAGCAAACCCUAACGUUCGAGAAAGGUUUCACCAGACGUAUUUUAAGGAACGACCAAAAAGUUCGCCGUUGAGAAUAGAGAUAGAAGACGGUGUUACAUGUCCGGUGUGUUUGGAAGAGAUAUCGAUGAAUAAGGGAGAAAGAGUGGCAGCUUGUGGGACAUGUAGAAAUCCAUUGCAUGAAGAAUGUUUGAUGCAAUGGAAGAGAAGUAACAGAAGAAGAUCAAUUAGUUGUGUGAUAUGCAGGGCAAGGUGGAGAGAUGUGAGAGCUGAGCAAGAAGCUGAGAGGUAUUUGAAUUUGUCUGCUUAUAUUGGCGGCGAUAAUGGCAUGCAUAUUGUGGAAGAUCAGCACAGCUACUGUGGGGAUUAGGCCUUUGACAAUUCAAAAAGAAUUGCUGACCUUAUUAACUAUAAUGUUAAACUAGUUUAGUAGUACAAUUUGUAUAUAUAUCCCUUUUAUUUUUAUAAAGUUUAUAUUAGGAUUUGACCAAUUGUACUAUAUAUCUGCAAAUGUAAAUUCAAGUAUUGGGAUAUUGAGAAAGAAGAAAUGACUUGC